AUGGCUGAUUUAUCCUCCCAAGCAUUUCCGGUGAACACCCCAAAGUUUUGGGGAAAUGAGAAGGAACUGGUGGCGAAGUGCAUUGAGACGGGCUGGAUCUCCUCGGAAGGUCCUGCUGUGAAGGAUUUCGAAGGCAAGCUAGCUGCGAGAUGUCAGCGGAGGCAUGGCAUUGCAUGUGCCAACGGAACGGCCGCCUUGGACAUAGCAGUGCAGGCUCUCGGGCUGGGGCAAGGUGAUGAGGUCAUCCUGCCGACCUUCUGCAUAAUCUCCUGUAUCAAUCAGAUUGUACGUGGCGGCUCCACGCCGGUUCUGAUUGACUCAGAUGACACCUUCAACAUGGAUGUGUCCCAGAUCGCAGCCAAACUCACACCGAAGACAAAGGCUAUCCUUUGUGUUCACACUUACCACUUUCCUGUCGACAUGGCGCCGGUCAUGGCUCUUGCGAAGGAGAGGGGCUUGAAGGUCAUUGAAGACGCCGCCGAGAUGAUAGGCCAGACCUGUGCAGGAAAGCCUUGUGGAUCAUUCGGUGACAUCAGCACCAUGAGCUUCUACCCCAACAAACACAUCACGACAGGUGAAGGCGGAAUGGUUCUUUGUGACGAUCCUGAGCUGGCAGAGAGGUGCCGCAAGCUUCGAAAUCUCUGCUUCGAUCCCAAGAAGAGGCGUUUCGUCCACGAGGAGCUGGGCUGGAACUACAGAAUGACGAACUUGCAGGCUGCCCUGGGGCUCGGGCAGCUGGAGUUCUUGGAUGCCGCUGUGCUUCGGAAACGUGAGAUUGGACAGCUCUACAGCAAUCUGCUGAAGGGCUGUCCAGGUCUGGUGCUUCCGCCCGAUCUAAACAAGAACGAGAAGAACAUAUACUGGGUUUAUGGCGUCGAGCUACAGCCCUCUGUUCCUGCUGAUGCAGAAGAAGUCAUGCGUCGGCUGGCAGACGCGAAGGUGGGCACGAGACCAUUCUUCUGGCCGAUGCAUGAGCAGCCAGUGUUCCUCCAGAUGGGCCUCUUCAAAGGUCUCAGCUUCCCUGUGGCUGAGCGAAUCGCAAGAAAAGGCUUCUACAUACCAAGCGGCCUUGCGUUGACAAAUGAGGAAGUCACGGAGGUCGCACGGCGCGUUCGAGCGGUCAUGGAAGGGCUGUCGGGCUGA